CAGCGGGCAACCACAAAACAUCAAUGGCGACAACACAAGUUUUGCAUGGAAGACGUGAGGGCCAAAUAAAAGGUAUUUUCUCAAUUUGAUAGUUUUUUUUUAUCAAUAUUCUUGACAUAUAUUGUAAUAUUUUAUAUCUUGAAAAUAGUUUAAAUAGCAUUAAUGACGUUUUAUAGGAACAAUGGGCGACAAUCCAGUGUCAAUUAUUCCCAGUGGAAUUGAUGCUCGUGAGGUGAAGGACAAUUAUUGUGAUAUUUUUAAAGUUCUUUCUUAUAUCGUAUUUUGUAGCGCAUCAUUGUGAACUAAACACCAGUAUAUAUGUAUAUUUUGAGGCUAUCAAGGAUUGUAUACCCAUUUAAUAUGAUUUUUGCUUGCCUUGUAUUUGGUUGUAUUUUAUAACAAUUGAGCAAUUUGAUACAUUUUUAAGCCAGGAGAGUUAAUAACACUCGAGAAAUGUUAAAAUCCCCACGGGGGGCUGGGGUUGACUAGUGCAUAACUGGCAUGUACAGUACACAUCCUUGAAAUUUAGAACACUCUCAAAAUAUAAAAUUGUAGCUAAGGCUGCAUUCAGUGGUGCCCAAUGUUCAAACUGGUUCCCAAAAGUUGAGCACAGUGCUGUUGUUGAGUACUACCUCUAGAAGUAGUGUCCUUUCUUGGGCACUGUGCCCAAUUUCAUUUGGAAGUGCUGUGUUCAAACUAGGUGCCAAAACAAGUGACGGGCACCAGUGCCUGGCACCCAACCUCGUACCCAGGACUAGCCGCGAGUUGAAGCUAUGUCGCUGCCUUCAACUCGCGACUAUAGCCUUGGGUACAAGGUUAAUUGCCUGGGCACCCAGUCUAAACAAGUGGGCUUGCUAGUCUAUCCAGACCUGCCAAGUUCGGAAGAUAAGAAUGCGUGACCAGAGCCGUUGCGAGAACUUUGCCAUCAUGGUUGGCGCCGAGCAAAAACUUUUGAAAAUUUGAAUUCUCUAGACGGUCGGAAAUAGCAUUUUUAGAGUCUUUCCUACCCAAGAUUUCAAUGUUUUACUACUGCCUAAUAAUGAAGAUCUCUAAAAUUGUAACUACUGAUCAAUAUGACAGUGUUACUUACAGUUUAAUGUGACUAGGAAAACUGAGAAAAUUGGAAAUUUGGAGUCUCCAGAUUGUCAGAAAGCGUAUUUGGCCAUGUACUGCAGGCCACAAUGUGUCUGACGCUAAUUCUAACGUUGUUAACUCUAAUUCUGCGUUUGCAAAAAGCGUUGUCAAUGAGUUAUUGUACGAAAAGUGGGAUAGUGUCAUAUAAUGGUAAAAAUGCAUAACUUUAAGAUCAUUUUAGUUAUGCGUGCAGGACAGCAGGAACAAAAGCAGAAUGCGUAACUUUCACGCGAAAUGCGGGAACCUUGGCAGGUCUGUCUAUUCGGUCAAUUAUCAACUUGUCCAUGCAGAAUUCGAUCAGAGUCUCUCAAUAGGGGAAAUGGAAAUAUAGCCCCAUUGAUCAGAUUGAGUGUCCAACUCUGUUGCCUCUCUUGAGCUCUACAUACUGUACAAGCAAGUUUUCUUUAAUUGACAAAUUAUCUUGGACAAGUUGCUUGUGUUAAAAUUGUGUGUAUGGUGAACAAGUCUUUUGACAAAUCAGAUAAGCCUUGAUCUCUCCUGACACAAAUCAAACUACAGUACCUAGCAGGGGCGUAGGAAGCACCUGGAGUUUGGGGGGGCACCGGCUUGUAGGGGCACAUUACUAUCGGAAAGGGCACCUAAAAAAUUUUUCCCGGAAAUGUUGUCGACGGGGGGGGGGAGAAAUUUCUCCUGAGGAAAAUUUUCCGUCGUAUCAUACCGAAAUUUAUGUUUGUGACCUAAUUUUUAAAAAAAAUUUGUAAAUUUCCACACAAAAACGGCACCUAUUGUUUUAAUUUAGUAUUUACAGCGACAUUAGCUUCUACAAAAGGGGCACUUUUCCUCACAAAAAAGGGUACUUUUCAACACAAAAAGGGCACUUUUUAUCACAAAAAAGGGCACUUUUAGUCCUUUAAAAAAAUUUGGGGGGGCACGUGCCCCCUGUGCCCCCCCGCUUCCUACGCCCCUGGUACCUAGUAUAUUUUGUGUAUCACCUCAUUGGAAACAGUUUGAAAAACUAUGCCUUCAGCAUGAAUUAAACCAGUCCUGUGAUUCUGGUGCAGCUAGUGCUCUCACAACUGACCUACAGAGUCCAGUUAAUUUAACCACAAGUCCAUGCAUGUAGAAAUGUAGCACGGCGAACAGCGAAUUUCGCCGGCAAACAGUGAAUUUCGCCGGUGCUUUAGCGAAUUUUGUAGACAAUUCGCCGGGUCUUCAUCGCAUUUCGCCAUAACCGAAGAAACAAAUAACCCUUGAAUAAAGUGAAAUUCCCAAACACGCGUUUUGAUAAUCGCUUUGUGCAAAACUAGAAUAUUAUCCAGAAUCCACAAUAUUUCAGUUUUAUGGUGAUAAAGAAAUCGAUGUUCUGAAGAACCAUUUGAUUUCUUUCAAUCUGACUUACAAAAUCAAGAGAAACUUCUUUGUGAGUGGCAAUCUUUCAAAUUCGAACUAAUAGAGCUUAGGAAGAAAUGGCUUCAUUUCAAAGACCAGGUUAUCGCAAAUAAACUGAAGUUGAAGUAUACAUAAACAGAAUGGGCACUUUGUCAGGUUUUGGGUCAGUUCCAGGAAGAAGUUAUUCACCUUGUGGCAAUAGCAAAGACAGCUCUUGUUGCACCAGUCUCAAAUGCAUGGCCAGAACGUUUUUCAAAAUACGAAAAUAAUUAUUAAAUUUUUUAAACGUGACUUUUAGUCACACAAAGCCUUAAAAAACACCAGAUUGAUUCAGUUGCAUGGUACCAUGGUAUUUAUUUAUUUCUGAAAUGUCGGGAAAUGGCAUAAUUUGCGAGGUCUAAAAUUUCAAAUUUUUCCAGGAGGCAUGGCCUCGGAUCCCCCUAGAUUCAUGGUCCUCCAGACCGUGCUGGGCCUUUGCCCCAGAUUCGCCAUGUCAACGAAUUUAUUCUCCAGAGCCUUUCAACGAAACCUGAAACACUGGUACAUGUCAAGCCAAACAAGUUUCUGAAGGCUGUAGAUUUAUAUUCCAAUUUGCAAUCAAAUUUGAAAGUGAAAUUUGAAAUUGAAUUUGAACUUGAAAUUGAAUUUCCUCCAACUUGUGCAGACUCGUAUUGUCAGCAGACAUCUUAUGCAAAAUUAGCAGCACUGUGUAAAAGCUAAAGUCCUUUCAAUUUUUCCUCAAACGUCCAAUGGAUAAACAAGCUUGCAUGCUGAAAACUGUAUGUACUGGGAGAAUAUUUGCUGAAUAUGACCAGCAUGUUUAAAUUAAUUUGAAUUUGAAAUUUCAAUGUUAAAUUCAAUAUCAAAUUAAAAAAAAUUUAAUUCAAAUUCAAGUUCAAAUUCAUUUUCGUCCUCAAAGGAUUACAGGCUCAGGGUACAAGAUUGCCCCUGUGCAAAAUGUUAGGGGGAGGCUCUAGCCCCCUUCCAGUCCCCGCUCCUGGUUCCUACCACAGUGAAUUUCAAAGUUACUUUCCUGAAAGGUAAAAGGUAGCUUAUCAAGUGAGAUACUUGAAAAAUACUGAUAUAUUCAUAUGACCAACUACCUUUUCAUGGCAGCUACAGAUUUCAUCCUUCCCUGUUCUUCCUCACUAGCAGACAAGACACAGUCUAAAAACCAAUGGCCUGCACUGUAGAAAUCAGGGGUGGAUUUAUAGGGGGUGCACAAGGGUGCUCACCCCUGUUGGCCUUGAUCAAUGUCAGGGGGGGGGGGGUGCAAAAAGUUUUUCCUUUUUUCCUUAGGGUUCUAAUUUUCAAAAUUUCCCGGGGGCAUACCCCCUAGGGAUCUUGUGCCUUUGUCGCUCGAGUUGUUGGGAAGCCAAUGGACCAUUUGCAUUAUAGACUAAAUUUUGAUCUAGACAAAAAUUUCAUCACAACUUGAAAGAGCAUCACAAAAUUAGUAAUGUUCCAAAGUUUCGUUGCGAAAUGUUGUAAAAUGCGGAUAAUAUAGCCUUGCGAAGUUUGCCGUUUUUCAGUCAUUUUGUAUUACGCACGGGAAAUUGACAGCCCAAUCGGGUGUUGGGGCAUCAAUUUCCCGUUUGUAAUACAAAAUUUGAUUGAUUUGAAUGCUCUCCCACCACCCCCUAGAUAAUUACUUAACAAAAAAAAAACACUUGGCUCAGUUGGCUGCUAACCCAGCACCCCCCUAGAAAAACCUUGCUGGAUCCACCCCUUGUAGAAAUUACAUGUAUAUCUCAUAGGGCUCUAUUAUAAUGGGAAAUGGCUAGUAUAUACUGUAGUACAGUGACACUGUAGUGUUUAAUAAAAUGAUGUAAAAUAAAUUAAUUUGUACACCUAGUAUUAAUCGAAUAAUACGCCAUCAUGCAAUCAUAUAAAUAUAGGUGACAGUUCUUCAACCUAAUGACUGGAAAAGAAUCCAAGACGUAUUAUCAAAGACCAACUAUGAAGCUCAAAGACAGGAGGCAGUCCAAAAAGAAAGAGAAGAAUUGCAUAAUAUCUCUACAAAUAUGGUCAAGAACUGGGGAAAUACUAUCGAGGUAUCAAUUUGUUGUCAACUGUAAGGAUAAUUAUAUGAUGUCACAUUUUCAAUAAUUUGUUACAGCAUGAAAAUCUAUGGCUAAAGAUUUACCUAUUUUUGACAAAUUUUAGUUCUAACUUGUUCUUUAUUUUGGAGGCUUCGUGUCAAAAUAAUAUAAUAAUAAUUGCUCACUUGAUUUCUACAUCAUUCUGUGUAUUUAUCAUACUUAUAUAUACUUAGGGACAACGACUGAAGAAACUUGAAGCAAGGAAAAUAAAAGAGGAUAAGGAAGAGGUAAAAUUUGAACAAUAAAUUUGCAGUUGCAAAAGCCAACCCUCCUGCCGAUUUCAUCUCCCAGUCUCCACAAUAUUCAUGUGUCCCCCCCCCCCCCGAUCUGCCGAUUUGAACGAAGAAGAAGCGUUUUUUUAUUAGAGAGACAGUAAAUUUUAUCUUCAACACUCAAUGAUCGCUAACUGCAGGUUGCUGUUUAAUGCUUGUUUCGGAUUUAUUUUUGAUGCUUUGUAACUUUCCAAAGAAUCUCACAUAUAGGUUAGCAAUGGCAGGUGUAGUAAUCAUGUUUUUAAAUAAUUGUGCAAGUUUUUAAUAAUAUCUAGCUGUCAAAAUGCCAUGUCUGUGCAGGAUAAAACAUAAUAAGCUAGGUUAGAAGAAAUGAACUGAGUAAAAUUGCAAAUCUCCAGAACUUUCUGGCUGCUUAAAGUGGGAAUGUCUGCUAUAGUGUGUAAUUAAGGCUGAAUAAAAAAAGACAUACACAUCCUUACUUCGGACUAAUGACACUUAUGUGAAAAGAGUUAGUCAACGCUCUACUGAAAGUCAAACAAACCAUAUUAAUCGCUUUUUCACAAGACACUUUGCAAUCUCGUUCCCAGAGUAGCCCGUUCGCAGGUUAGGUGCUGGGCGCACAGCAUUUACAUUCCAUUUUUCUUUGUAUCGAAUUAUUAACUUCCUCUUUUAAAAACUUAAAACUUACGAUGAUUCGCGUGUCAUUUGAUCAAGUCUUAAUGCGUUCUAGUCAUCAGUAUAUUCAAUAAAUGCGAUUAUCAUGAAUAAAUAUGACAUGCAUAUUUUGCAACAAAUUAAUAUUGUAUAGGAGGAGAAGAAAUUGAUAGACAUUGAAGAAGCAAAGUAUCAAGCUCAAAAAAGAAAGGAUGCCAUUGAAAGAGCGAAGACACUACAGUACUACAAGACAGACAGAGUGAAAGGUUAUCAUGUGAGUAAAACCAAGAAAUCACUUUACUGAAAAAACACAUUGGCAAUACAUCCAGAAAGGUUCUUCAAUGCGUUCAUUGCCGUUGCAAAUGCGUUUAUUUCCGUUGCAAAUUCGUUCAUUUCCGUUGCAAAUGCGUCCACAACGGGUUCUAAGUUGCAUUUCAUUAAUUAGUACGUCGCGCAAUUUUCAAUCUAUCCAAACAUUAGGUAUACGCAAUGCAAUAUGGAAUAAAUGUUGGGUCAAAUAUUCAUUUAUUGUUUGAUAGUGACGUGACGUAAGGAAUUCUAAGAUCAAUUCGGAAUGUGUUCCAAGAUCAAUUCGGAACGUAUUCUAUUGUUGAAACUAGAGUCACUGUGGUCAUGUUGUUGCAUUUGUAAUAUUAUUACAAAUGCAACAACAUUACAACUAACAUUGAAUGCUGUUUUCGAAAACCUUCUCAAACUUAAUCCCAAAAAAGCUCAUGGUCCGGAUGGCAUACCGUCGUGGCUCCUAAAAGAAAACGCAGAUCUAUUAGCUGGUCCGAUAGCGGCCAUCUUGAACUGUUCAUAUCGGGAAUGUACCCUACCGCCAGUUUGGAAGAAGGCGGACGUAGUUCCAAUACCGAAAGAAAAGCCCAUCCAGGAUAUCAAUCGUCAGUUACGCCCUAUUUCACUUACACCUAUUCUAUCGAAACUCGCAGAAGAAUUUGUUGUAAUGAUUUAUGUGAAGCCAGCAGUGAUGGAAUUGAUCGAUAGUAAACAAUUUGGGACGGUGCCGGAUAGUUCUACGACAUAUGCUCUUAUAAGCAUGCUACACACUUGGAAUAAGGAUACGGAUGGUAACGGUUCAACAACUCGAGUUAUGACGUUUGACUUCCGUAAAGCAUUUGAUUUAAUAGACCACAAUAUUUUAUCGGAGAAGUUAACAAAUUAUAACUUACCGAGGUCUGUCAUGCUUUGGAUCUUAGACUUUCUGACUGACCGAGAACAGAGGGUAAAACUCAGCCAAGAUUGCCAUUCCGAAUGGGGCAAGGUCCCAGCCGGCGUCCCCCAAGGCACAAAGCUCGGCCCAUGGUUAUUUUGUAUUAUGAUUAAUGAUCUAAGCGUUAAGGACGUUAAUGAUCUAUGGAAAUAUGUUGACGACUCAUCCUUGUCGGAAUCAGUUUGUAGAGAUGGUCCAAGUAACUUACAAAAGUACGUAGAUGAAUUUAACCAGAAAUCAAAAGCUAACGGUUUUCAGAUAAACGAAUCAAAAUGCAAAGAGUUGUGUAUAAGCUUUGCACCAAGCAUACGUGAGUUCCAGCCAAUUACUAUUAAUGGAAAAAUUGUCGAACGUGUAACAUCGGUAAAAUUGCUGGGUCUAACCAUCUCAAAUAACUUGAAGUGGAAUAGUCAUAUUUCACACGUUUGUAAAAAGGUCGCACCUCGUCUAUAUUUUUUAAGACAACUAAAACGAGCGAAAUUACCAGCUAACGACCUAAUCCUUUUCUACUCCACCUGUAUUCGACCCGUCAUCGAGUAUGCGUGCCAAGCAUUUCACGACUCAUUACCCAAAUACCUGUCUGAUGAUCUUGAAAGACUUCAGAAACGAGCUUUUCGAAUAAUAUUCCCAGAUCAACACUACAAACAAGCAUUGAGGAACACGAACACCCCAUCACUGUACGAUAGAAGACAGGAAUUAACAACAAAACUUUUUAAGGACGUAGUCAAUAAUCCUGAGCACAAAUUAACGGAUUUGUUACCGCCAUUAAAUAAUGACAAUAGUCAUUUUUGCGUAAAAAUAGGAAAUUUAACGUGCCACUUUAUAAAACGAACAGAUUUAGGAACAGUUUUAUCACUUAUAACUCUAAUAAGUUUUUUGAAUAACUUAGAAACUGUUUUUUACCGCGAAUAUGCUGGUUUUUAACCUAAUCUAAAUUAGCAUUAGUGAGUGUUUUAGUAACAAAUUAUAAGUCUGCGCAUACAGUAUAUAUAUGUGAAUGUGUAUUUUUAAGUAUUUAGUCUAAUCUUAUUCGUUUUCUUAAACAAAUACAUGUAAAAUUAGUUUUAAUAUCCUUGUAAACCUAACAUAUUUCAGCAGUGGAAUUAGUUAUAUUCUGGAGCUGUAAGUUUUAGUGUCAAAUAAACUAUCAAACUAUCAAACUAUCAAACCAUUAUUCAUGAAGAUUGUCCGUUCAGUGUCUGCAACUACUCUGCUCUGACUGGGGGCUUCGAGGGUUUUUCUCUGGCUACUUGAAUUUCCUCUCUCACGAACAACUAACCCUUCUACCUUAACUGUGCGUCGUGAUCAGACAUGGCUUGUAUGGUCAUGGCAGUCAGAGACGCGCAAGUUAACCUUACCUCGGUCACGUUUCAACAGCGUGACGGGCCCCGGCGUGCUACAUUUACCUUUAAUCAGUGGGAAAACCUAAGCGGGACAAUACUAGAUUCCCCUUAUUACGUUUUCGUAGCGCUUUGCAUUGUGGUUAUAGUGGUAUCACUGAUAUUCAAGAUGGCGUCUUUUUUGUCCUGACACGUGCAAGAACUUUUAAAAAAGCUAGGGUCAGGUGCGCGAUAGCCAACAGCAAAAUAUUCGCGAAAACAUUCAAUAUUUUCAUUCGAGGCCGCUAUCUUUAUCAGUGAUACCACUAUAACCACAAUGGAAAGCGCUACGAAAACGUAAUAAGGGGAAUCAUCAAUUGGGAGGGUCACAACAAAUUGUACCUAUUACUGCCAUUAUUAAACUUCCAAACGAGGCUAGGGCACUUAUCUAGUGGGCUAGGGUGUAGAAUGGGGCUAGGUAAUCUUGGUCAUGGUAAUAAAUAGUAUGUAACUUCGACAUUUUUGUAUAUAGAUUAAUAUUUCGCUGUUUAUGAAUUAGGGUCAGCGGUUAGGGUAAGAAGUAGGGUAAGCAUUCAGAAACAGCCAGACAUGAAUAUUUAACCACAUUUUAUAGAGUGCGUUACUGCUGACUGAAGUAUUGAGAGAACGAGAUGCUCAAGUAAAGAUGAAACAUAAACAGAGAGAAGCAGUGAAAAAUAGAGAUGAUCAUUUAAUUGAACUACAGAGAAAAGUAAGUAAUAUGAUGUUCACAUGUUCCAAGUAAUAGUUGUCCUCGUGCGUUUGGAUGCACAAUACACCCUUUCGAUAAUUAUGUCGUGAAUACUUCCUUCCCCUGGGAGCCUCGCUCAUAUAAAUCAAUACGAAAGGGCCAAGGAUGGAUUUAUCACGUAAUUGCAUUUGGCGUUUAACUAAGGUUAGAAAUAUUGUUACUUCGAAGCAACAAUUGAUUGCACUACAUUAUUGUCUCACUCUGACCAUGGAUAGUUGGCCACCAAUGUUGCCUCGAACAAUGUUGGAUAAUGUUGAACCAACAUGUUGGCCUCAUUACAACUGGCCUUAACGUUGAUGAAAAACACCAAUUUAUACCACACUGUAGUUAUCCAGUAUCCAUUUUGUGUGCUUUCUGUUACUAACAUUAAAACAUUUCUCCACUCAUUCCUUAGUUAUUAUUAUUAUGAUCAUUUUAUUUUGGCAGGAAUACGAAGAAGGUGUUCUCCAGGACCAAGAGAAAGCAUUAAGAAGAUAUAAUGCAAGGCAGACGAUUCGCGAUUUUCAACAGCUACAGUACGUUUUAGCCGCAAUAAUUUGUUAUUUUCGGGCAGAUAUUUCAUGUUGGUGUUUCAGAUGUUUCAUGAUGGUGGCGUAGCGUUGAAAAUUAACCUCGGGGGCCAGGGAUCUCAGAUGUGGUUAGCGUGCUGCCCCUUGCCACUCAGUUAGGGCUAAUACUGUAGGUCCAAAUGGGGUAUUUACUUAGAUUGAGGAUACUCAGGAUACUCUGAGGAUAGCUUCACUGUUCUUGAAAAUCCAUGUAGACAUAACCAGGAGCAGAUGCGAAAAAUGCAAAUAGGCCGCAGGUUCGUUUCCUGCUAGAAGGCCUAUACUAGCCUGCUUGGAAAUUCUUGGAAAUCCCCCCUUGGAAAUUCCAGGCGGCAAGCAGGCUAGGCCUAUACUUGCAUUUUUCGUAGCUGCUCCUGGUCAGGUCAAAAAGUGUAGGGGUGCACCAGAACUAGUCUGUGUUCACAACGGUGUAGUGGACUGGAACACAGGCUACACCGGAACCAAUUUUUUAAGUUCCGGCCGGAACCGGAUCCGACCGGAACUGGAAAAAGUUCCAGUUCCGGCCGGAACCGGAAUUGAUUCAUUAAGCCAUAUAUAGUCAUAUGUUACUUUGUCUGCUGCCAUACAGUCAGAACUUCCAGUCAUCAAGAAGAGAGCUCGCAAAUGUUAGAAUAAAAAGAUUGACAACCGUUAAACGUCGUAAUGAAGUGUUAAUAGUAAAUAGUGUACAUUUUCCUUGUGUAGUCCAAAUUUCUUCGUGCUGUGAACUUUUGUUAGACACAAAAACGUUUGAUAUUCUAUCUCUCUGAAAACGACAGAGUUCCGAUUCCGGUCAUGCUUUUUUAUUAGUUCCGACCGGAAACGGAACUCUGAAAAAUCUGGGUUCCGGCCGGAACCGAGUUCCGGUGCGCCCCUAAAAAGUGUAUACUAGAAAUUUACAUUCGAAAAAUAUCAUCUAUUCAAACAACCCAUCUACUAAGUAAAGUUUAGUUGCUUCUCUUCAUUUUUCCUGUACUUUGAGGGGUUUUCUCCUAUACUAGAGAGGCCUUAGACAGCCCUUAGUAUAUUAGAGCACAUGUGAACUCAUUAUACUGUAAGCUCAUUAUCAUACUCUCCUUUUGACUAAGUUAAUUUGCUCACUUGUAAAAGAGAUUAAUGCAAACUUCUUAAUACUUUGGUAGAGUUAAAGAAAGGGAUGAACUGAAAUCUCAUGAAAAAGAACUUGAUUAUGCUGAAGGUGAAAAUAUUAAAGAACAAGUGGUAGGUCGUCGGGUUCUUAGACUUCCUGUAAGCCCCGCUCGAAAUUCUCAACUCCUGCUUAUAAAUUAGAGAGAGUAUUGCAAGGGAAGGGGCAAGAAGGUAAUCCGAAAUUAAGCUAUGAAAUCAAGCCGAAAUGUUCCCCGUGUUACUAUUUUAUACUAUAUCUAUAACGAUGUUUUUGAUGUUACUCUGAGUGUAUAUCCACACCGUGCAAAUUCAUUAAUUUUUUAGCGAUUCCCAACAAGCCUUUCGCGCUCGUAUUCAACUUUUCCGCUUUGCUCGGGGACAACCUUCAUUGAAAACCUGUAUACAAUAGCUAACUUUUCCCCAUCUUAUUGAUUGAUUUUAGGCUAUGUACAAGGCAGCAAAGCAGACGAUAAAAGAUCAGCGACGGCAGGUACAUACCAGAUUUAGCGAAUAAUGGACCUUUCCCCUUAUAACUAAAAUUUUGAUCUAGACAAGUCUAGACAAAAAUUUCAUCACAGCUUGAAAAAGCAUCACAAAAUUAGUAAUGAUUCCGAAGUUUCGUUGCGAAAUGUUGUAAAAUGCGGAUAAUAUAGCCCUGCGAAAUUUGCAAUUUUCAGUCAUUUUGUAUUACGAGCGGGAAAUUGAUGCCCCAACACCCGAUUGCAAAAUUUACUCUUUUUAAAUUUUUUUAUAUUUUCCAUAAUUUAAGAACUCAAGCAAUCCAUACAUAUAAAAAAUUACAUUUCAUGAACAGAAUUGUGGAAUUGAGAGCAAUUUCAAAAUUGUCUUACUUUUUUUGAUACACCCUGUAUUAUCCGCAUUUUACAACAUUUCGCAACGAAACUUUGGAAUAUUGCUAAUUUUGUGAUUCGCUUUCAAGCUGUGAUGAAAUUUUUGGCUUGAUCAAAAUUUUAGUUAUAAGGGGAAAGGUCCAUUUACACUACAAAAAUCAUUACUGAUUAUAUUAAAGUUCCUUAGAAGCACUUCAAACUCACCAAAUCGCAUAGAAUACCUAAAAAUUUGUGAAAUUCUCUGUCAUUAAAAGUCUCCACAACUCGCUGUACAGUAAAUACUCAAAACAUUGUUUUGGUCCGCAAUAUGUGGAACUCGAAAACGUCCGUAAAAUUUCCUUAUUAAUUUACUGCAGCGGCAUGUCCAUCGACAAUAACACGAUAUUACAAGUUUAUAAUUAUAGUAAAAUUCCGCAGUUGUGGCAUGAAUAACGAUUACGACCUCCAAAUUAAGUUCAUGUUUGGUUUUGUAGCAAAAACGAUCUUUAAUGGAUAGUCACAAAAAGACGAUGCAAGACAGACAGGUAAGUAGUACAUUACACUGUCUGGCGACUUUUGUAACAGUUUUUCUUUUCUUAUGCAUGGGAUUAAGUGGACAAGGUAUCGUAUACUGUAUAUGUAUUUAGAGUAACGUCUGGAUUUAGACAGAGUGUCGGACAUGUUUCUGAAAAGUUCUGUGUAGAUCAAGUGCUUUCUUGAAUCUUGAGAUAUCCAUUCAAUCGCAUGCAGCUAUUUCAAUAGACAACUUGCAUGUUAGACUAAUUUUUGAUUUAAGCAAACAAAGGUAAAUUCCCGUAAAGAACUUAGCUAUUAAAAUAAGUAAAUUUGCAAAAUUUGGUUACGAAAUGUUGUGAAAUACAGAAAUUGUAUUACGUGGGGAAAUUGUUACCAUUUUUGAGCCGAAAAUGGUAACAAUUUCCGCACGUAAUACAAAUAUACUGAAAAUAUGCAAACUUCGCAAGGCUAUAUUUUCUGUACUUUACAACAUUUCGCAACCAAAUUUUGCAAUUUUACUAAUUUCAUUAUGGUCUGUUUAACUGUUGCGUUUGAUUCCUUUCUCUUUACUUAGAUUGAAAUUUAGUCUAACAUGCUAAGUUGUCCAUUAAGGUUGUCCUCGAGCAAAGCGGAAAAGUCGAAUACGAGCGCGAAAGGCUUGCUGGAAAUCGCUAAAAAGUUAAUGAAUUUUUUAGCGACUCCCAGCAAGCCUUUUGCGCUCGUAUUCGACUUUUCCGCUUUGCUCGGGGACAACCUUAAUUGGCUUUUUCCCAAAAGAGAUCACAGUGAAUUCUGGGAUCGUUUGGAGGGACAAAAUAUAUGGUAACAGGAGUCAAAUAUGUGAAAAAGUAGAAGUAUAUCUACUAUCAAAUAUCAACUUUUUAGACGACCAAAAAUGAAGUAUCUCCUGUUACAUUAAACAUUUGAUUUAAAUGUGUGCUGCCAUAUUUCUUGUCCCUCCAACAUGGGUUUGCGCGACUAGACCCAGGACUUUGGGAAAUGGCUAAUUGAAAUAGCUGUAUACUUUGAGAGACGAAUGUAGAAUAGAAUUUAGUAAGUGGAAGGGGAUCUUUAUUCUAUAAACUUUUUGUCUCAGUCUUCAAAACGUCUUUUCCCAUUCACAUUCUCUUAUAUAACCAUCCAUCGAUCCAUUCUCUUAUGUAACCUUCUAUUAUAACCUUUCUUAUAUCCUUGCGUAAACUAUACAAAUUAGGCAUGUUGUCUAGGCAUGUACUAUAUAAGUUAAUAGGUUACUCAGGGUACUAUACUGUAUAGCAUGCAAACUUGUAAAUUUGGUUAAACGAAACACUAGCUAAUUUUGUCUAUUGGAAAAGGAGUAAAGAAUAUGCAAAUAUUCAAGUUAUGUAUAUGAAUAGUUUAUUCACCAUUUUUGUCAAUUUAUUUUUAGAUAUUUUUGGAGAAAGAACGACAAAAAGAUGAAGAGGAAAAUGAAGAAAUUCGACAAUUUGCAAACGCUAAGAAGGUAUAUAUAUAUUGUUCGUAUUGUAGAUUAUUGACGAAAACAGCAAAAUAUAAGUUGUAAUUUAUUUACUGACAUUUAUCUUAAUGUUAUCAUAUAGAAAAUGUCCAAGAUGAGGAAAGAAAAGGAAAUUGAAUUGUUCGAGUGAGUAUUUUUCACGAGUACAACACGUUGAGCGAUGUGGUUUAGUCGGGGACCCGGGG